GUUGAUAUAUCGUAUUGUGUUUCUUCUGUUUUUGUUAUCGUUUUGUUUUUAUCCUUGUCUCCAUAUUUAAGUCGAAAUUCUGAGCUUCUAUAAUUAAUUGAAUGCCUCGCACACGUAGUCGUCAUGCAACCCGCAUUUCCCGACGUAGUCCACCCCACGAAACACAUUCUGGGGUUGGUAUUCGUCCAAGUUUGAAGAAAAAUGAUAUUUGUGUCGGUUGUAUAGUAUGGCUUCCGUCGAAAUUGGAAUGCGAUGGUGGUUUAGUUUGUAAGCGUGGGAAAAGUUGUUGUAAUGGGAGAUGCUUGGAUGAUGAGGGGUAUAAUCAUCCGGUUGUGAUUUUGGAGCAUGAGGGAGAUAUUUGUUCUGUUGCUAUGAUGACAUCCAAACCCCGUCAAAAAUACAACCAGAAAACCCGCAUCGCCAUAUCUCAAACCCCUCAAGAUCCAGAAACCCCAGAUACUGAUUCCCAAAUGAAACUCUAUCUCGAAGCAGGAAAGAAAUUGAAACAACCAUCCUUCAUCGUCACUGAACAUAUUCACCCAAUCCCCUUCUCAACACUCCGUGCCUAUGGUUUUCACCCAGAAUCCAGAGCUUUUGAUAAGAGACUUUGUGAAAAGAGUUAUUUGGAUUUGAUUGGGGUAUUCGAUAUGGAUAAGGAUAGAGUGGAAUGGAUAGAUACUGUUGUUAUGAAGGGGAAUGAAGGAAACGCGAAUGCCGAGAGGAGAAGGGAACAGAAGGGACCGAGAGUUACAUUCAGAGAUCCAUGGGAGGAAAUCAGAGGGAACAUAAUGGCUUCGCAGCAAAGCUCCGAAGGCACCGGACGAUCUCUGGAUCAGAGAAGACUAUCCGAACCAAUCCCAUCUACAGAUUUCCCCCAUCUUCCGCAAACAACUCUACAAACACACACGGUUCCCACCACCCCAUCACCAGGAUGGUACACCUAUAGCCGUGCAACGAGUCUCGCGAACGAACGCCAAUCUCUCCUCCAGCAAUCAUAUCCAAUUCCCUCCCAUCUUCCGCCCUCUCCAUCGCCUUCCCCACCUUUGCAAACAGGACAUCAACAAUAUCAUACUAAUGUUCCAUCCUGUCCCUCACGUCCAACGCACCACGUUGCGCUUCCGUCAGUCGAAAGAUAUGAUCGUUCGCAUUGGGAUGCAAGGAUACGCAAUAGUAAUUCUCGGACUCAUGAUUUGGAGGGUGGAAGAUAUGGUGGUAGGAGCGGGAAUGGGAAUGGGAAUGGGAAUGGAGGAGAAGGGGAGAGAUAUGAGGGUGGUUUGUUUGUGCAGCUUGUGGUUGCAUUUUUGGGAUUGGGAGGAUUUGUUUGGUGGUUGUAUGGGAAGUAAUUUCUGAAUAAGAGGUCAGAGAAUAUGAGACUGUUGGAACAAAUGUGACGAUGGAUUGAAAUUUGGAAAGAAGCAAUUGAUUUAGCGAGGAAUUUUGAGGGGUAUAUGUAUUUGGGGAGUUUGGGUUUGAAUAUUUAUUGGAACUAUUUUCUUUAGCGAAUCCAAGUCGUGAAGGGGUAUGAAUAGCUACAUAUUGGAUAGUUCGAAGUAUAAUGAGUAUUGUAUAGCGUAAUAUGGCAUGUAACAUUGCACAUGGAUUCAAUUUUGGGCGCGUCAUUUGUUUUGAGUAUGUUAUAUAUUAUGUUUGGUUUUCAUACUCGUACAUAAGAAUUUUUUUCAUCCACUAGAUAGACUUCUAACAAACUCCCAGCUCACUGCAGCU